AAAAACGGAAAUCAUAUAAUGCUGAGCGAGAAUACUCGCACAUUUAGUUCGUUUCAAAUUAAAGCAGUCUCAAUAAUAUUCAAGAGUUUAAUUCUUUCAGGAAAAGUUAAGUUAUCAAGCAAAGUUCAAUUAUAUUUUAGUCCAAAUUUGUAUAGAUAAAGAUAUCAAGAUAGUCAGUUCAAAGAUGGAAAAUACAUUAUCAAAUAUCUUGAACGAGCCGGAGGAGCCGCCAUGUCAAAAUGAUAAGUUCCUUGUGGGAAAUUGUUGUGUGCGUGAAUGGCAACCUGGCAGACGGGAUAUACACACAUAUAUUAUCUCACUCAAGGAGGAUCCAACUGCAUCAUACUAUGCAGUUUUUGAUCCGCAUGGCGGCGAUACGGUGGCCCAAUAUGCCGCCAAGCAUUUACACGAGAUCAUUGUUCAACAAACCGAAUAUACCACGGGAAACGACAUUGAAAAGGCCCUAAGAGAGAGUUUUUUGGACAUCGAUAACGAAAUUCUACAAAAUGAGUCUGGAGGUGGCGAUCCCUUUGUGGGCUCCACAGCCGUUGUGGUGCUCAUUAAGGAGGACAAACUGUACUGUGGAAAUGUGGGAAAUUCACGUGCCAUCGCCAGUGUUGGAGGCCAGGUGAAGUUGCUUUCCGUGGAGCACAAGCCGACGGCGGAGAAGCCUCGUCUCUAUCGCAUACUUGGUGACUUUGAACUAAAGCUUGCCCAUGAGAAGCCCGUGGAUGAACUAUUUACCGCGUAUCCAGAUGUGGAGAGCUUUCAGUUGACUGAGAACUGGGAAUUCGUCAUUCUGGCCUGCGACGGCGUCUGGGGGGCAAUGGAACAGGCAGAUGUGCUAAAGUUCUGUCGCCAUCGCAUUGGACAGGGAAUGCAGCCCAAGAAGAUCUGUGACGAACUCAUGCAGUAUUGCUUGACCCACGACGAUAUCACUCAUUUGACCGGCGACCUAACCAUCAUUCUCGUUUGCCUGUUAAAUGGUAAACCCUACAGCAAUCUUAUUACACGUUGCCAGACUGCAGUCGAGCCAGUUUCCGGCCCCGUCUCCGACCCCGAAUCACAAUAGAACUACGUACAUAUGUACAUUCCUAGAGCUCCGCACACCAAAUAUGUUCUUUAUGUUCUGUUCAACACUGAUUUCAAAUUUUGAGUUACUUUUUUAAAUAAAUUGUUCAGUUAAUCGUUAUCGAA